AUGACUAUCAAGUGUCACUACACAAAAGACUUUUUUAGCGUCUCCCAAGCCUUAGACGACCCCUAUUUAACUACGAGCGAGUACACAGGCGGAUCUGAACCCCAGGAGUGGGUUUCAUAUGAUUUCGAAGUUGGGUCAGGAGCAGGGGCAGUGGCAGCAGCAGUUCCGCCGCCAACGAGCUCUCACGCGGCCAAUGGAUCUCGGGUGCAGCGAGAGAGGAUAAAGAGCUCAACUCCAUUUUUUAUUUACACCAGUGUAUCUUCUUCUUCAUCUUCUUCCGGGUAUCUCUACGUUUGCCCAGAAGAGACACCGAAAGACUUCUGGAAUGCACCACUGCAUACGACAUUGAUAGAUGUGAAUGCAUUAGAACAAGGAAUAGCAGUAGCUUCUCCUGAACAGUUUAUAGACCAGUGGUUCCCAGGUCAUGUCAAAUUGCCGUGUCUGUCAUCUGUGACCUUUCAGAAUUACAGGCAUUGGGAUGUUGUCAAAGCGCAGUUGUCUCAGCCGAUGAUGACAAUCGAUGACGUCAUAACAGCUAUAGAGGUAUACUCGCCAGGAUUCUUGAACAUGAUGGGAAAGUAUAUAAAAUACUUCUUCACUAAAUACCUCCAGCCACAAGUCAGCAACAAAUUCAUGUCUGUGAUUCUGCCUAAACUGCAGCAAUUGGCGCUGGAGUUGCCUCAAUUGAUAACCCAGCCAAUGCCAUGGCUCCAACCGAACUCGAACAUGUCGAUGACGAUGUCGAAGCGACAGAUAGCAUGUCUACUUGCCAACCAGUUCUUCAAUACAUUCCCAAAACAGGACAAGUCAGCAAAGUUGAAUAAACAUCAGCACAUGUUUCAUCUUUUCUAUUCAGAAAUUCGUCCGGGUAAAUAUAAUUCUAACUUUGAGAAAGUGAAGUGCCUUUUGAACUACUUCGACCGAGUGACUAGUCAGGACAGCACUGACGCCACUUCAUCUCAGGUGGUUUCGUUCCACCGGAGGCGUCUGGAGGCACCACCUCCUGAAUGGAGCACAAUGGACACCAAACUCACAAGGUGUCUUGUGAAGUCUGACGGGUUCAUUGAGAAACAGAACAAUAUGUUGCAAGUGGAUUUCGCCAACAAAUGUGUGGGUGGAAGUGUAUAUGGGCACGGCGCUAUCCAAGAGGAGAUCAGGUUCGUGACCCACCCUGAACUGCUCGUUAGCAUUAUGUUCACGCCGGAGCUGCUGGCCGACGAAUGCCUUAUAGUUCAAGGUGCUGAAAGAUACAGUGAAUGUACGGGCUACGGAAGCAGUUUUCGAUUCGUCGCAGACUACAUAGACCCGAAUGCAGUCGAUUCAGUCGGACGAAAACUAGUCACGGUUGUAGCAAUCGACGCCCUUCCUGUAGGACAUCUCCCCCCUAACGAACAAUUCAAAGAGCCGACACUAACUAGAGAGUUGAACAAAGCCUAUGUCGGUUUCCAAAAACCCGAUACCAGUAACUCGGCAACAGGAUCGCAGACGAAACCAACAGCUGUCGCUACUGGCAAUUGGGGAUGCGGGUCUUUCGGUGGCAACCCGACUUUGAAGUUUUUCAUCCAAUGGAUGGCAGCUUCGUAUGCGGGAAGGGAUAUGCUUUAUCUGACAUUUAACGACAUUGCAUUGACGCAGAUUUUGUCUCAAAUUUCAACUGCGUUGCAUCAGAAAGCUUUCUCUGUGAGCGAUCUUUGGAACAUCAUUUCGAUGUAUUGCCAGUUUGGUCUGGGCGUAUCUCUACCUGAAUUCAUGAUUAACAACCUACAGAUUUAG